AUGCCUCAACAGCAUCUGACAUUUUGUCGGCUUGUCAUAUUGGAAAUUUCUUGGGCGUUUUGCCACGACCACGUAUAUAAAAUUGUUUAAAUAAAGAAAUUUGCUGUUUUAAACAUAAAUAUUGUGUUAAAACAAUUCGCAUAAUUGUGCAGCAAUUUCUUGUGAGUUACCGACGCUGCUCACAACCGGCUUUUGUGCGGCGAGUUGUUUUCUCGGUUUUUGUGUAGGAGUUUCUUGCUGGAUUGGUAGCAUAGAAAAUACUUGGAACUUCUGCUGUCGAAGUGAGCCAUUAACAUGACCUUGGACGCAGUUUCCGCAACUGCUAGCCGGUCGAGAAUAUCAUUGACCUGGGAGAAGCAAGAACAUCUCAUCAAAUUAGCUAUAUUAAUUUUAGCGGCUGUGCUAUCGUUUGCCACGCGCUUAUUCUCGGUGCUACGUUUUGAAAGUGUCAUCCAUGAAUUUGAUCCAUACUUCAAUUACCGCACCACGCGGUUUCUGGCUGAGCAAGGAUUCUAUCAAUUCCAUAAUUGGUUUGAUGAUCGAGCAUGGUAUCCGCUUGGACGUAUUAUUGGCGGUACCAUCUACCCGGGGUUGAUGGUAACUGCGGCGGCACUUUACAGGCUUAUGUGGUUGUUGAAUAUUACCAUUGAGAUUAGGAAUGUAUGUGUCUUCUUGGCACCAUUCUUUUCCUCACUCACCACAUUGGUUACAUAUGCGCUGACCAAGGAAAUACACAGCACCGGUGCUGGUUUGGUUGCAGCUGCUCUCAUUUCAAUCGUGCCAGGCUACAUAUCGCGUUCCGUCGCAGGCUCUUACGACAAUGAGGGUAUUGCUAUAUUCUGCAUGUUGCUCACAUACUAUUUGUGGAUUAAAGCGGUGAAAAGUGGCGCCAUUUUCUGGUCGACCAUGUCUGCAUUGGCAUACUUUUACAUGGUUUCCUCAUGGGGCGGUUAUGUAUUCCUCAUCAAUUUAAUACCGCUGCACGUUUUGGCAUUGAUGAUCACAGGCCGUUUCUCGCAUCGCAUUUAUGUGGCUUAUAGCACUUUGUAUUGUAUUGGCACAAUACUGUCGAUGCAGAUUUCAUUUGUCGGUUUUCAACCAAUACAAAGUUCGGAACACAUGUUGGCUCUCGGCACUUUUGGACUAUGUCAAAUACAUGCAUUUGUGGAUUAUUUACGCGCACAUCUGUCCAAAGAAAAUUUUGAAAUUCUCUUCAAGGCGCUUGUGUCUGGCAUACUAACUGCUGUGCUCGUAAUUGGUACGGUGCUGACGAUUACCGGUAAAGUAUCGCCAUGGACUGGUCGCUUCUAUUCAUUGCUUGAUCCUUCAUACGCUAAGAAUCACAUUCCCAUCAUCGCAUCGGUGUCGGAGCAUCAGCCUACAUCUUGGUCGUCUUUCUACUUUGACUUGCAGAUAUUGGUAUUCCUCUUCCCAGCUGGCCUGUACUUCUGCUUCGCCAAAUUAACCGAUUCGAAUAUAUUCAUAAUACUCUACGGUGUAACCAGUAUUUAUUUUGCGGGUGUCAUGGUGCGUCUAAUGCUUGUGCUAGCGCCGGUUAUGUGUGUCUUAUCCGGCAUAGCCACAUCGCAUUUGCUCUCAAAGUACAUCAAAUGUGUUGAUGCUGGUCCAGCGAAGCCCGCUGAAAGUAAACGUCAGUUUAAGAAACUUGAACAGCAAAGUAGUGGUGUGAAAAGUGAGGUGGCUAUCGGUUUUGUGGGCAUUAUUACGUUUAUGCUUAUUGUCUACACUUUCCAUUGCACUUGGGUCACAUCGGAGGCAUACUCGUCGCCAAGCAUUGUGCUUAGCGCACGCUCUCAUGAUGGUGGUCGCAUCAUAUUCGAUGAUUUUCGAGAGGCUUACUAUUGGCUGCAAAUGAAUACACCAGAGGAUGCCCGUAUCAUGUCUUGGUGGGAUUAUGGCUAUCAGAUAACUGCUAUGGCUAAUCGUACUAUUUUGGUGGACAAUAACACCUGGAAUAACACACACAUAUCACGUGUUGGUCAAGCGAUGGCUUCUUCGGAGGAGAAAGCUUAUGAAAUUAUGCGUGAACUCGAUGUUGAUUAUGUGCUUGUAAUCUUUGGCGGUUUGACCGGUUACUCUUCCGACGAUAUAAAUAAGUUCUUGUGGAUGGUGCGUAUUGGUGGUAGCACAGAUCGUGGCGCACACAUAAAGGAACGUGAUUAUUAUGCACCCAAUGGUGAAUUCCGUGUGGACAAAGAGGGCUCACCGACGCUGCUCAAUUGUCUCAUGUACAAGAUGUGCUACUAUCGUUUUGGUCAAGUUUACACUGAGGGCGGUAAACCACCAGGUUAUGAUCGCGUACGUUCUGCUGAAAUUGGUAAUAAGGAUUUCGAGUUGGAUGUUUUGGAAGAGGCCUACACCACCGAGCACUGGUUGGUGCGCAUCUACAAAGUGAAGGAUUUACGAAAUCGCGGUGUAUAAAGGCAGUAUCUGCUUUUGCCCGCGUUAGACGCCGGCAAGCAGCAGUAAAUUACUAGUGCAGUACACUUAAAAGUAUUGAGAGACUAAAAAUAAAGAAUCUUGCGUUUUGCGAAUGUAUAACUGUUUUGAAAUUAAAGUUACUAAAAGCGGUGCUUUUUAAGUUAUAAAAAAAUAGAUUAUUACUGUUUAUUUUGGUUUCCUAAAAUGUAUUGCUUUCGUUAAGGCAAUUGAAAUUGUUUACACUCAAAACGCAGCGUAGCAAACAUUUGUAUAUUCGAAUAUAAUUUAAACAUUAUGUCAACUAGAAAUUACUAAACAAAAUUUGUCUUUAGUUGAAAUAAAACUUAGUUUUCAUGAAGAAUGUAA